AGAUAUUGCCAGAGCAAUUGAACUACUAGAGAAACUUCAAGAAUCAGGAGAAUUACCAGGACACAAGUUACAGUCGCUUAAAAAAGUACUGCAGAGUGAGUUUUGUACAGCUAUCAGAGAGACAUAUGGUAUCAUAACAUCAGGCAACAGAUGGACAUCCACAAGUGAAAUACAUGUUAUGAGUAACAUUGGAGACUGUCCAAAAAUGAGUUUCUUUUUUUUUAUGUGAUUUCUAAGUAAAAUUCUUCUUCUAAACUCCAUAUUGUUUUGGGUUGUCUUUGGUCUCCAGAGCAACUACAAGAACAGCAUGGAACCUUAUUUUUUCUUUCUCACUUUUCCUUUCCUGAUUUUUUUCUUUCUCUACCUUUCCUGAAUUAGUUAAAUUAUUUUUUUCUUCCAUUAAUAUAUCUCAUUUAAGUAUUUGUUUAAAAAGAUAUCAAAGAUCCUAACUACUGCUAACAUUUUCUUCAUUUUUUAAUCUUGAAAAAUGUUUCUGAUUAUCACAGUUAUCUACCACAGUUAUCAAACACCAUCACAGUUUCUUUUCUUACUCUUUUACUUUUGAAGUAAAAAAAAAAUAGAGAACCAAAGUUUAAAUUCACAUUCAGGAAGUGAUAUGUCUGUGAGGGAAAAUCAAUAUACAGAUUGAACUCUUGCCUAGAAAGGAUUGAUUACUUAGAAUUGAUUCCUCACAUGAAUAGUAUGGUUGCCCAAAUCUACACUCAUUUCAUUAUACCUGAUACACUCCCCUCUACAAAGCUGUUUUCUACUAACCUUCUUAAGUUGUGAUACAUUAGCAUUAAAUUAUUUAGUUUUCUGUAGAAAUUUACCUUCAUAUUUUGCUUCCAUGAUUAGAAAAUUUAGAUCCCAUAUGUGAAUGCUAGCCUGUGACCCAUGGCUGUUUCCAGUCUAAUUCUCUGUUCAUUUUCAUGGCCUCUCUUCUUUCCCUGAUGUAUCUCCCAUUUCUGCUAGAAUCUAUAUCAAUUUGGGGGCAAAGGAAAAUUGCCCAAGUCAAAAUUAUUCUUCAGAUAAAUUUAAAGAAAUUGGUUAAAAACUGUAAGAUUACAAUACUUGCAUUGCUCAUUUUUUUAAAAUAAUAAUAAUAAUAACAGCAUUACCUCAUAUCUUGGCCUUUAAGCUAUUACUCUGAACUGAAUCUUUAAUCUGACUAUAAUUUGAUAACUCAAGUCAUUUUCCUAUAGACUACCCAGCACUUUUGUGGCUGUACUUGUCGAUCAAGGGGAGAUAAAAUAAAAAUAGGCUGAACAUACUCUGUAGAAAUAGAGAGUUAGCUAUUAAUUACUUUACAAAUUCAUAUCGGUGAUAAGAUGAAGUGAAAUAUAAGUUGAACAUGAGCUUGAAUUUUUAGGGCUGACAUACUGUAAUCACAUAACAUUUUGGCCUUCUUCAAAUGUUUGGCUUUUCCUCCCAAACAAAAUAGACACUUUUUUUGUUUUAAUUAUAAAUAUAGGCUAGGAAAUAUAUGUGCAAUAUAGAUGACAAUUAGAAUACAGAUGACAAUCAAAAUCAUUAUAAAAAAUAGUUUUUCCCUAAAGCCAAGUGAGCAAGGGGAUAUUCUUUUCUUUCACUAUCAGCAUUUCCUGACUUGUGCUUCCACAAAGCCCUGGAUAGCAUGAAUCAGAACUUUUAAGAAUAAUUUUGUUUUCAUGUUUCAGUUUCAUGAAAUCAGUUGCAAUCUCAAUUUAUUUGAGUGGGCUAAGCAACCCAAGACUUACUGAAGCAAAUUCUCUGCUAAGCAUAUUUAUGUUACUUUUUUUGGCAACCCUGUCCAAGCUGAGCUGCUUUCCAUCAUCAGCCAUAAUGAAAAAGCUUUUCAAAGAAGACACUUGGGAUUUUUGGACACAGAAAUGUAGUCUACCAAUGAGCAAAAAUUGUUUGCUUCUAUUUUGGUAUAUCAAUACAUGCAUGAAACCAUAAAUGUUAGUGGCUGUCCUGAAUUUCGUGCCAGGGCUACUGCCAAGGCAACAGUUGCUGCAUUUGCAGCUAGUGAAGGGCAUUCUCACCCCCGAGUGGUAGAACUGCCAAAGACGGAUGAAGGCCUUGGAUUUAACGUAAUGGGAGGAAAAGAACAAAAUUCUCCUAUUUAUAUUUCUCGCAUAAUUCCUGGAGGAGUAGCUGAGAAGCAUGGAGGACUCAAACGGGGAGACCAGCUGCUUUCUGUUAAUGGAGUGAGUGUGGAAGGAGAACAUCAUGAGAAAGCAGUGGAACUUCUGAAGGCUGCUAAGGACAAUGUGAAGUUGGUGGUACGUUAUACUCCCAAAGUUUUAGAUGAGAUGGAAGCUCGGUUUGAAAAACUGAGGACAGCUCGGCGCAGACAACAGCAACAGUUGCUAAUUCAGCAGCAGCAGCAGCAGCAAAAUGCACAGCAGAAUCAUAUGUCAUAGAUGGCUUUCAAGAAAGAUUUUCUAAAUAAAGAAUGUAACAACUUAAUAGCAGAGCUCUGCUUUGUAUUCCAACUUUACAAUAAAGAGCAACAGCAACUGUGUUCACCAGCAAACUGAAAAAUUACAAUAAGAACAGUUUGGGAAGUCAGCAGGAAAAUAAACUCUUCAUGUGAUUUUUCCAAGAACUGAAGUCUUAGGAUAAAAGAUUUAUUUGAAUCUUCUUUUCUAUGGUAAGGUUCUCAUGAUGAAAACUUGUUAACAAAAUUCAAGAAUAUUCUGAGAAAUCACAUUCAUUAUAUACAUGUGUGUCACCUGAUUCUGUAUUCUUUACAAUGAAACUGAAAUGAGAAUUUGCCAAAACAGUGUUUGAUUGGGAAUAGCUGCUAUACCUUCGAGACAAUCCUACUGAACUCAAGAAGACUUAGUUUUGAAUAGAUACACAUAGUAGGCUGGGCCAAGUAAUCACACUUUGCCUUGAGAUAAGAUUUUGUGUCAUAGAAAUGAAAGCAUUCGCCACUGAGGCACUAUGCAUCACUUCUGAAUUUCCUGCAUGCCCAGUACCAGGCUUGAGCAGUAAUCUUUCUAGCUAAUAAGUGAGCCAUAGGGGAUCUGAGAUGCAAUAGAAAGUGAAGCUAUUUGGUGGCCUAAAUUUACUAUUUAUAAGUGGGCUGUGUUCCCUUGUGAAGUAGCUUUAAAAGGCUGCUUCAAGCUUACAACAAUAGCAAAGUUAAUCAGUCUUUUCACACCUGGACAACCUCACCCUAUGGUAUUAGAGUGCAAAUCAUAUGCAAAAUUUAUGCAGAUAUAAUCAAUUAAUUAAUCAAGUCAUCAAGUAAAAUGCCUUUGGUUUGAUGAGAGUCUUUAUUUGUAUGCCAUUCCAUUCGUAGAUAAAAUUCUUAUUCCUGGAGAAUACCAGGAAUAAGUUUAAUUCUAAUUUUUGUGAGCAGUAAGAUUAGAAAACUGUAUUUUUGAAUUUAGGCAUUCCUAUUAUAUCUAUUGUAGUUAUAUCCCUGAAUCUAAACUAAGUAUACAGUAUAUUAAUAAUAUAUAUAUAUAGAGAGAGAGAUACUGUUAUCUAAUAUAUAUGCAUAUGUUGUCAGAAUAUAUUAGUUUCAGAUGUAGGUUCUACCCUUAUUGUAUAUUGCAAACAUUUUUGAGAUGAUGUUAAAAUCAUUAAUGGUAUCUCGGAAUUUUAUCUAUUUUUCCAAUAUAUUUAUUUCUGAAGUUGUUAGAUUUAGUAUUAAAAUACAUAGUGGAGACUUCUUUUUGUGUAACAAUGCAGCUUUUGCCAAUGUGGUAUGCUUUAAAUAUGUUUGCAUUACAAGUCCCAAAAUUUCUGGCUAACAUGGCUAUACUUCCUUUGGAAUUCUAGAAGAGACAAUCUUAGUUUUUCUGGAAGGCACCACCUUGUAUGACUUAGCACAGAGGACUCUUGUGCAGAUUACAGCUGGAUAAUGGGUUUAAACAAAGCUGUAUUAUUAUUAGCUAAUUUUAUUGUCAAAGUGAGAAGCUAUGUGCACCGAAAAGGCACAAAUGUUUGUGAUGUAAUGUUAACUUCAGUUAAGUAGAUUAGUCAGUAUCUGACUCCAUUGAUACAUAUAAAAUUUGAUCAUUUACUUUAUGUUUACUGUCUCUGACUUAUUUGGAUAUGUAGUAAUAUAUUUUCAGCACUGAUAUUAAGUCAUUUGCAUGAAGUUAAUUGCAUUAAAUCAUUUCAAUACCUUGUAUAAAAUGAAUAUUGAACUAGGAUGUGAUCAGCUAUUAUUUCCUUUUCAAAGGAAACAUUCGCUCUGUGGCAAUGUUACAAGAAUCCUCCCCAUCCCCCCUGUCAGUUUUACCCAGCAGAGCUAAACCAAUGAAAUGAACUCACAAGAAUUCAAGAUUCCUAAUAAGUAGUGAAGAUAGUUGGGAAACCAUAGCCCACAAUUCUAGAGAGGGCUACACAGAAGAUAGAGGUGACAGUCAAAGACUUUUGCACCUUUUUCUCAUUCUUGCCUUAUAUAAUAGACUCCUGUUUUGCAUGGGGAGGCCAAUUUUAUGUGCUCUUAUUUUUGUAGGGACAGAAGUGGUGUCAUAUUCUUUAUUGACUGUGUGAAAACUAAUUCUAAUAGGCAAUGUGUUUACUGUUGCCCCAGGAACUAAUAUCACUAUCAUAUUUGUCAGUUUGUGAGAAUAAAAAGUUUCUUAGAAAUCCCUUGCAUCCCUUUGUUAAUUAAAAAUCAGUACCUGAUGUUUGAUUUGAACUUUUCCUCUUAGAUCUAAGUCAAUCAGUAGUUGAGAUGAAAACUCACAACACCUGGUUCAAUUUCUUUUUCUCAAGAUUAGGUCAUUCUGUACUGAGAACAAGAGUGGAUGAAAACUGAACACUCAUAGUGAAGACCACUUUAAAUCAAAAAUUCAACCCCCCCAAAAAUCCUAUCUAUCUCAAACACACUGUAUGCCUCAAGUAGAUUCUAGAAUCAUAUCACAUUUGCUACAUAGUAAGGAAUGUGGAAGCUAUUUGAGGAAUUUCAACUGAACAGUUAUAGGUCAGUUGCUCUGUUGUCCCUAUAUGUACAGAUAUCUGAACUAUAUAGAUCUAGAUAAUGGUUACAGCUUUAAAAGUUGUAAAACAACUAAUAAGUGGUUGUCUCUGUUAGGUUGCAGAAAAGCUGAAGAAAUGCUUCAGAUAAAUGCUCAUCUGUUUGCUCGACCACCUGAUGUUUGGAACAUAGUGCCUCAGUAUAUAAAGGAUGCUUGACCUCUCUAACCACAUCCUACUCCAGUUUAAUUUAGGAUUUUAGGGAAGAUCCAAUAUAUACUUAAUUAGGGUUUAUGGAAGAAGAAUUGAGUAAAAAGCAUAGUGUCUAAAAGUUAGAGUCUGUUUAUUGAUUAUGUUAUUAAAAAUAAAGAAAAAUAGCUUGAUGAUAAAGGAUUUUAUAGAUUAAAUAAGGGGAGAUAACAAAUAAUAAUAAUUACUAUGGUAUAAAAGAAUAAGAAGUGGUUAAUGGAUCCAUGAAGAAAGUGAAGGGCAUAAAUGAGCUGUUUUUUAAGUUAGAAGUUUAGUUUUAUAUUUACUGGUUUACAGGUUGUAUGUUUAUUGUGUUGUUUAUGUGUAGAAUUUUAAUAGUUUUUUUU